GUUAUAAACAUUGCAACAUGUCCUCAGAGGAGCUAUAAAAGAUCCUUCGCUCUGAUACUGGUCACUGCACUGGAUAUUUGAAGAACAGUGUGGGAGUGAGGAAACUCUUCAAACAAGAAGACUAUGGCGAUCACAACCCAGCCUGGACCGUACGCACGCUCAGAGUUCCAGACCGGACUGUUCGAGUGCUGUGAUGACUGCUGCACAUGCAUAUAUGGAUACUUCUGCUUGUCUUGCCUGGGCUGCAGUAUUGCCAGGGAUAUGGGUGAAUGCUGCUUAUGUGGAUUAGGCAUGCCGAUACGCAGCGUGUACCGAACCAAGUACAACAUUGAGGGCUCCCUGUGUAAAGACUUCAUGAUCACUUCCUUCUGUCUACCCUGUGCGACCUGCCAGCUGAAGAGAGACAUUGACAGGAGAAAACAACAGGGAAUCUUCUGAGGUGCAUCUCUACUAAAUGUAUUGAGACCUUUGGAAAAACACUGAAUACUUUGGAAAAACACUGAAUACCUGAAUACUUUGGGAAAACACUGAAUACCAAAUCAAACUGGGAUUUUUUUCCUCUCUUCUGUUAUGUAGUUUAGAUGUGGUUAAUGGAAUUGUAUAAUUGUGUAAAUGUGUAGAAAAAAAAUCAUAAUCCCUGGCCAAAGUGGGACAUUAGUACAUAAUAGUUUGUGUCCACAGUGUCCAUUUGUGUGAUUGUUGAACAGUCUAAUGGCUGUAAAUGACUUUUUUACUUGUACAGUAAAGUCAGAACACACUUUGUGAUCGGUCAUGAAUAAGAACUUAUUUUUUCUCACCCCUUGAAUGAAAUACUGCAAAGUCCAAAAGUCUUCAGCAGCCAUGAAAACUGUAAGUUAAAACUAUUUAUUUUGGCAAUAAAUGUGCUUUUGUCUGUAGAAAACCACAUAUGACAUUAUUAACAUGACAAUAAAUAAAUGAAUGAGUACAGUAA